AUGGAUGAAGAGAAUGGAACCCUUAUACCAAAUUCUGCAGAAUACCAGAGACAGCCUGCAGGAUGGAAAACUAUGCCCUUCAUUUUAGGAACUGAAAUGUUCGAGAGAUUGGCAUCAUUUGGGUUGGUUGCUAACUUCAUGGUAUACUUGCAAAGGGAAUACCACAUGGAUCAAGUGAAGGCUGCAACAAUCAUAAAUGUAUGGUAUGGUAUUACCAACUUCACACCGCUCAUUGGCGCCUUCAUCUCUGAUGUCUUCAUCGGCAAAUAUCGAACCAUCAUUAUCGGUGCUUUUGCUUCUCUUCUCGGAAUGAUGAUAAUGACUACAACGGCAUUGGUGCCACAGUUACGACCUCCUCCAUGUCCUUCUGAGCAAGAACAAAACAACCAAUGCACAGCCUCUACUAACAUGCAACUAAGUCUUCUGAUAUUAAGCAUGUUGUGGUUAGCUAUAGGCGCAGGCGGAGUCAGGCCAUGCAGCAUUCCCUUCAGUGUUGAUCAGUUUGAUCAAUCAACUACCGAAGGAAGAAGAGGAGUUGGUAGCUUUUUUAGUUGUUGGGCAUUGGGUUUUGAGAUACCAACAGCUUUUAUGCUCGGUGCAAUUACCCUGCUUCUUGUUGGAUCAAAGAUUUACAUAUUUGUCAAACCAGAGGGAAGCACAUUUUCUAGUAUAACGCAAGUGUUUGUAGCAGCUUACAGAAAGCAACAGCUUACACUUACUACAGAAGGAGAUGACAUUAUUUUCUAUGAUCCUCCACUAGAAACUCCUUUACUAUCAAAUAAGCUGCAUCUCAGUAAUGAGUUCAGAUGCUUGAAUAAAGCGGCUGUAGUGAGUGAGAAUGAAGUGGAUGUUGAUGGUAAUCCCAUAAAUCCAUGGCGACUUUGCAGCAUCCAACAGAUAGAAGAUGUCAAAUUUCUUAUGAGAACUAUCCCCAUUAGUGUUACUAGUAUAAUCGCCUUCCUCGCCUUCAACCAACAACAAACCUUCGCAGUAUCACAAGCCGAGAAAAUGGAUCGCCAUAUUAUAGGUAUCAAUUAUGAAAUUCCUGCAGGUUCGCUCCGUACCAUAACCUUGAUAACAAUGGCUAUAUGGCUUCCAUUUUACGAUACAGUACUUGUUCCGCCCCUCCAAAGGCUCACGAGACAGGAAGGCGGAAUCACAUGCCUCCAAAAAGUAGGAGUUGGCAAUAUAUUUGCAAUCCUAACAAUGGUGGUUUCUGGGUUUAUUGAGAAGAAGAGAAGGGAUCUAGCCAUUUUAAAGGGGGCAGCUGAUGGUGUUGCACCAAUGUCAGUGAUGUGGUUAGUUCCGCAACUUAUUCUGAUGGGAUUAUUUGAGCGUUGGCAAGUUAUGUGA